AUGUCCGUCCCCAGCGCCACGCCUCCCCUCCUCCUCACCAAGCGCCUCAACGCCUUCCUCCACGCCCACCAGACCGCCCACCUGCCGACCCUCCUCCUCACCACCUCCCAGGGCAAGCUCCUCGCCCACGCCUCCUCCCAGCCCGUCUCCGUCCUGCGCACCCACGCCACCGUCGCCGCCUCCCUGCUCGCCAUCCACACGGCCUCGUCCGCCGCCAUCCCCACCGCCCUGCCCGGCUCGCGCACCCCCGACCCUAUCAGCAGCUCGCCCGCCAGUCCCCGCGACGACUACGGCGAUGACGGCGACCGCCGCAUGAGCGACGACGACGACGACGUGCAGCACGAGUCUGAUGCCGAGGGCCGGCAUGAGGCGGAGGCGAGUGAUGGCACACGAGCAGCCAAGCAGAGGUCAAAACGCACCGUCAGACCGGGCGUCAUCACCGUCCAGCUGAGCGAGGGCACAGUCAUCAUCCGGCGACUGAAAUGCGGCCUGCUCUUUGUCUGCGUCGGGCCCCCGGCGGCCAGUUUGCAGGAUCAUCAUCAGCACCAUCAGCACCAUCAGCAUCACCACCAUGAAAACGGGGACGGAGUAGGCAGUCCGAGCGAGGUCGAGAGUCUGAUUAGCGCGGGCGGCAUGACGACGUCGAGCUUGGAGAGCGCGAGCGCGGCGCCGGUUGUCGCGAUGAGGAGGCAGGCUGCCGAGUUGGCGAGGUGGCUGGAUGAGAAGCUUGGGACGCUCAUGGUUCCUGAGGAGGGGAUUGGUGUUGUUGAGUUUAGAGACUGA